UCCUCAGCCAGUGGCCCAGUAUAAAUUUGGAACUAUUCACACUGGUGUGUGAAGCUGUGAGCCAGGCACAUUCCUCCAUGCAGUGGUCAAGGCAGCUCUCGGGGGUUGGUUCAGCGGGGCCUGGCCCACCUCUCCAAAGUCUGUCUGAGCUGAGCUGACAGACUUGGGAGCAGAAAUCUACUUGUUCAUCUACUGUUUCUUUGGGCCCAGCAAACUCUGGAGAAGCAACAAGGCUAGCGAAGAAAAGAGACAUUUCCUCCGGGCUGGCAGAGGUUACCUUGCAUGUAUUGGUCUUGAAGGAAAAGGCAGUGUCCCUUUCUUGGCUCUUUCAUGGUUAAGGAAAACAACCGGGCAGAGCUUGUGAUGGACAACAUCAGCAAAAUGGACUGGACAGUUGGAGGUGAGGAACAGACUGCUCUGGAGCACCCUGUCUAUGUCUGAUGAACUCUCCCCAUUCUUCCCUUGGCUGUUUUGCUGUUAAGGAUAGACGUGUCCCUUACAGCGAGGGCGGAAGGCAGGAGGAAGGAACAGGUCUCUGACAGCUUGAUUUGCUCUUGCUUAACUUACCCAAAGAUGUCUUACAACACUUCUCUCAUCAGCCCAAGUCCUAGAGAGGAUCCCAAGGGUGGCAGUUUCUUGGAGGAAAGCAAUGGUGGGGGUGAUGACAGCAAUGUCCUGGGAGGGGACAGCCUGGUCACAGGGCCGCUGGGCGCAGUGCUGCUGGUCAUGUGCCUCACUGGGAUGGUGGGGAACAUCUACACAGUGGCAGUGGCCUCUGGCAGGGUGGCAGGCUGCUCAGCAGGCCCCUUGGGGGUCUACAUGAUCAACCUUGCCCUGGCUGACCUCCUGUACCUUUCCACCAUCCCCUUUGUGGUUUGCACCUACUUUGCCCACGACUGGUUCUUUGGGGAUGUGGGUUGCAGGCUUUUGCUCAGCCUGGACCUCCUCACCAUGCAUGCCAGCAUCUUCCUCCUGACUGCCAUGAGCCUGGAGAGGUACUGGGCGGUGGCCAAGCCUCUGCGGGCCCGGCGGGCCGGCAACGCCUGCCGCAGACUGGCCAGCGCCAUCCUCUGGCUCCUCUCGCUCCUGCUCACGGCCCCCAUGAUGGCGAUGACUCAGCUGCGGCAGGGGGAUGGCCCCCAAAAGCGCAUCUGCGUCCCCACCUGGACGCCAUCGGCUUUCCGGCUCUACCUGACGGUGCUGUUCACCACCAGCGUCCUGGCACCCGGCGCCGUGCUGGGCAUCGUCUACACCCGCCUGGCCCGGGCGUACCAGUCCUCGGCCUGGCGCCGGGGGCUGCCGGUGGCCGGCCGGGCCCCUGCGCGGCGGCUCCUCUCCAGGAUCUCCGCCAUCGUGGUGGCCUACUGGGCCUGCUUCCUCCCCUUCUGGGCCUGGCAGCUGGCCGGGCUGUACCAGGGAGAGGGGCUGGGCAUCGGCCCCACUGCCCAGGCCUACCUUAACUUCGGUGUCACCUGCCUGGCCUACGGCAACAGCUGUGUCAACCCCUUCCUGUACACCCUGCUUGCCAGCAGCUACCGCCGGCGCCGUGGCCGCGCUGGGACGGGCGAGGCACGGCCUGCAGCACCCUCUCGGCAGGCUGCGGGAAGGCACAGCAUCCCCCCGGCUUUCGGGGAGUUCUCGGGGUCUGUGAGGGAAAGUGGGCAGUGA